CCCGGGACGGCAGCGCGGAGUCAGCAGCGCGUGCCAGCGUUCAGCGGCCGCAUUCGUCGCUGUCACCUCGUUUCGAAUUAUCGCACGGCUUCUGAGUAAUCGCUUCUCGCAUCUGCUGAAGUUUGUACAGCUUGCAGCACGUUUCAAGCACUGCUCCGGGCUGCUCUCUAAUAAGGCUGUGGCACCACGCCCUAUCACUCAAUGAUGAAUCGCCUCGUCGCCGUGCUCGCCGCCGCGACGGCGCUGGAGCCCGUCGCCCGCCGCACCCUGCUGAAGGGCGUGCCGGCGGCCGCCGCUCUCGCGACGCCCGCACUGGCAGCCGACAACGCUCUACAAAAGACGAGCUGCUUCGAAGUAAUUCCAGACUCGUCAUUAGCCUUGAAACCGAAGCUCACGCCCAUCAAACCCGACAAAUGUAUUGGAGGCCUCAAGGCGGCCAAAGCUCUUUACCUCGGAGAGCAUCACAACUCGUUAAGGGACCACCUCCUGCAAGCGGACAUUUUGCGAGCUUUGAGACGAUCAGAACCGAGAAGGCCCAUGGCCGUGGGACUGGAGGCUAUCCAAAGACGCUUCCAGCCCGUGCUCGACGACUACCUUCGAGGUGCUAUUGGUCUCGAACAACUAGAACAACAAACCGAGUGGAGCACGAGGUGGACCUGGCCCUUUGCGAACUACGUGCCUGUGUUUGAAGCAGCUAGACUGAACAAUUUCGAGUUACUGGCAUUAAAUGCGGAUAGCGAGGACUUGGGGGUCGUCGAGAUGGGCGGGCUCGCGGGCCUGCCGAACGCGACGCUGGCGAAGUACAUACCCGACCGUCGGGUCUUCGCGGACUUUACGAACACGACUGCUUUCCGGGAGUACAUCGCGUAUGUGGUCGCACCGUCAUACCGGUCACACAAAGAAAUGGGCAUCUUGCGACAGACGAUAAGUGGACAACAAUUAAAAGAGGACAUGCCCUUCAAGAACUUUUAUUCUGGGCGCAUGCUCUGGGACAACAGCAUGGCGAAUACGGGAGCGGUGUGGACGCGGAAGAAUCCUUCGGGGUUGUUAGUUUCCGUAAUAGGCGCGGACCACGUGAAAUUCGGGGGGGGUGUUCCCAAUAGGUACGCCUACGCCGCGGGUUUGGAUCUGGACAAGGUGCGCACCGUGAUACUAAAUCCGUCGGCGGUCGACACGGCCGGGCCCCAGCUCGAAACUUUGCGAGCGGACGCGCCCGUGCCACUGACGCUCCAGAUCCGCUUCGCGGCGGCGGCCGGCGACGGCGGCAUUCCUGUCAUUAAUGGGGAUGCGGUCGUCGACGUGGCCGCGGCCGCGCGCGUGAAGCAGGUGCGGCCGGGUUCAAGGGUGCUGCCCUUCAGUGACGUGCUGUGGCUGUCGGCCGAGGACGCCUAGUGUUUUGUUAAAUUAAUCGGU